CUGGGCGACUCUUCAUUGAGAUAUUACUACCCACCAGUACUCGGAGUCGAUCUGUCGGAUGGCUAUGACACCUUCAUCAAACACGAUGACUCCAAGCCCGAGCACCUUGUAGCUCUUCUAAAGACCAUUAAGGCUCAUGAAGAAGAGACUGGACAGAAGAUAGAUGCCCAGAUUGUGACAUGGCGCGGCAUGAUGACGAAGAUUAUGGGCUCGCCUUUCGAAGAUCGCGACGGCUUCGAGAUGAAUGCCACCCUGUACCAAGAUUGCAUGUAUGAGAACCACGAGUACAAAGUUGCUUCGCAGCAGAAGCAGAACGCGCAGCAACGCCGAGGCCCCAUUCCGCCCGAAGUGAUGCAGUUUUGGGGCUACAAAUUCGAAACCCUCGCAACACUACCUGCCCCCUGGGGCGACACGCCUCGCGACUACAUUGAGAACCGCCCCAACGAAAUCGUGAACAACAAGGCCCAGUACUGCUCCGUCGUCCGAACGGGCAUUGGUCAAACCGUCAUCUGCAUCGGUGGCGAAGUCGACGCCGUCUGGGACUCCAAGCCCGCGAAGCAGGGGGCGCCAACGAACUGGGUCGAGCUCAAGACGAGCCUGUCGAUCCGCGACGACCGGGACGUGGGAAACUUCCACCGCAAGCUGAUGAAGUUCUGGAUCCAGAGUUUCCUGCUGGGCGUGCCCAAGAUCAUCGUUGGAUUUAGAAAUAACCGCGGGCUGCUUACCAGCGUCGAGGAGAUCGAGACGGAGAAGAUCCCGGACACGGUGGAGAGACGGGGGAACGCGGCGUGGAAUGGGGAUAUGUGCGUCAACUUUGCGGCAGAGUUCCUCGUUUGGCUUCGUCAGACCAUCAACGAUGACGGUGUAUGGAGAAUACGCAGGCAGCCCGGAAGCCCUGAGAUUGAGGUCUUCAGAGUCGAGGAGGCUGGACAUGGACAGAUCUUGACGGACGAUUUUAUCAACUGGAGAAUCAAGUUGGCGAUGAAGAGCACGGCGCCAGAGCCGGAGCCGGAGCCAGAGCCAGAAUCGGUGCCAGAAUCGGUGCCAGAAGCAUAG